AUGGCCCCUCAAUAUUCCAGGGACAACGAAGCUUUCACUGCCCUACGGCACCAUGACGACUACUACCUCUCAGGCGGAGACCUCUUCUUCUUAAUUGAGCAAUUUCAUUUCCGUGUUCAUCGAUACUUCUUCGAACGGGAAUCCAACUACUUCAAGGCUCAGUUGGCAACCCCAGCGUCGCCUGGUGCACCUCGCCAGGGUACCUCAGAGUCCUCUGCAAUUGUGUUGGAGAACGUCAAGGCCGCUGACUUCGCCAAGUUCCUAUGGGUAUUUUAUAAUCCGAAGUACUCCCUUUACAAGGCUCCGGUCGACGACUGGGUAAAGAUUCUUGACUUGGCUUGCCGGUGGGGUUUCCACGAAGUGAAAGGCCUCGUCGUCCGGGAGCUGGAAAAGCUCGAGAUGCUUGUCAUUGACCGUAUCGUCGUCUACCACAAGUACGAGGUUGACCGAAUCCUCCUUACCCCGCGCUAUACCGUUCUCGUAACGCGUGAAGAGGCUUUAACGUUAGAAGAAAGUACUGCUUUGGGCCUCGAAACGGCGUGGAGAAUAUUCACGGCUCGAGAGCGUAUACGGGCACCCCGAACUGCUACUGGUGGUGUUGGCCCGAUACCCCUUGCGAUUUCUGAUGCUGAGCUGCCCGAGUUCAUCAAGGAACAUUUCGAGAUUUCUGAACCCUUCUCACCGCUUCUCCAGGAAGAGUCCAUCCCUGAACCACCGCAACCACCGUCCAAGAGUACUCUCAAAGAUAAAGAGAAGGAAAAGGGAAUGGACAAGGAGAAGGACAAGGCGAAGGAGAAAGAGAAAGAGAAAGAGAAAGAAAAGGAGAAGCCAAAGAAUCAGGAUACUCAGAAGAAUAAGGAUGUAGCUGCUACUGCAGUCAAUGGAGACGCCAGCACGGCAGUGGGAACAAAGAGUGGCACUUCAGCGCAAGUGGAACCGUCGCUCCAGACCAAUGCUGAUAAGCUCGGUUCUGCCACCACAACCUCUUCCACUGGAACCGGUAACACAAGUGGCGACCCCUUCACCAACUCUGCCGACUCCCCCGCAGCCCAUUCAAAAUUCACUAGUCGACUCACAAACCUGUUUACUCCCGGAACCGAAGGUAAAUCCACUGAAGGAGAUGGACUUGGGGGAGGAAAUGGUACCACCGAACCCCUCAAACCUUUUGAAACUCCUUCCAGCCCUCGUGCCCCCUCUCCGACUACCGCCAAGAAAACCACCAACAACAACAACAACAACAGGCGAGGCAAGAAUGCAUGGUGA